GUAAUUACAAUAUUACCCCAUAUUAAUUAACUUAUGUCUAAUAGAGAAAAUAAGAAACUAACAUUGAUAUUAGAGAGUGUAUUCAGACACAGAGUUAUUAGUUAUAUGACAAAGUGGGUGGGCAGCACUAAUUUUUCCUCAUAGUUAGUCUCUUAGUUACAUUGUCCUUCCCCUCCACCUCCCAUUACCCCCAAAGGAAAAAAAAAAUCCUCUAAUUUUGAUUACUUUUAAGGUUCAUUUACAUUAUUGUGGACACUGGGCAGCCUUCUAGUUCUGGAAUGUAAACAUAGUUCUUAGUGUAUAAGUUGGAAUAGAUUGGAGAUGUGGCAAUGAAAUAUAAUGAUGCCUAGAUAUUAUUGUUAUGUUUUUAAAAGAUUAUGCAGUUUGUUGCUGAGCUCCAUUUUCAUCUCUCUCUCUCUCUCUGAAUUAUCUUUCAUUGCUCUGAAGUUGGAGUCUCAUCAUUGACCUUUGGAACCAACGUUAACAUAUUUACCUUGUUUGAGGAUUAUUAACUGUUGUAUUUGGUUUAACUAUUCAUUAAUAUUGAAGUUGAAACUCAUGAUAAUGUUUGUUUGAUUUUUCUAUAUACUGAAAAUAGAUGGUACUGAUGAAUUAGUCAUUUGUUUAUUGCCAUAAGUUCUUAGUUUCUUUCCAAAUUCCUUAGUGAAAACCUGCAUCAUCCUUUUUCUUCAUAUAAGAAAUCUGAAUUGGUUUCUAACGAUGUGUUACGUCAUUGCAUUGUACUGUCCAUCAUGAGAGCUUUCCUUCCCCUAUUAUUGCAGGGGUUGCAUAGUGUUUUUGACCAAGAAAUGAUAAAAUUCUGGGAUAAUCUCUAUGAUGUGACUGAUAGUUAUACAGAGAGAUGGCUCUCUUCAGCUCGGGCCUGCUUGAAGCAAUGUUCGAGUGGGAACAAUGAAUUACUCCCCUCUUUGGACGUGGUUGAUGCAAUCGGAGACUCGAGUGACACAAAGUUUCAGGACGUCAAUGUUUUGGUAACUUCUGGUUCAUUGAUACCCAGCCUUGUCAAAUGCUUACUCUUUCGUCUGGACGAUUUGAUAACUCCUGAGAAUGUUUACAGCUCAUGGGAAGCAGGCAAGCUCCAGUGUUUUUUGUGGAUCAAGGAGCGAUUUAAUGGCACAAAUGUCCAGUUCUGUGUAAUCGGGGAUGGAUGGGAAGAAUGCGAAGCAGCAGAAACUAUGAGAUGGCCAUUUGUUAAAAUUGAUCUACGACCAGGGAGUUAUCAUAGGUUUCCAGGCCUCACAUUGAGAGAAUUAGGCCACUAUUUCGCUGUUGUAUAUGGGAAUGCUGAUGAAGAAAAAGAUGAAGCAGCUAGUCUAGUCAUGACCAAUAGCUCCAAUAUGUGAGAGGCAGCUUGCUGAACUCUGUUAUAUACAUGCAGAAUAUCAGAAUUCAGGUCAUAUGAAGCUCUAUACGUGGCAGAAUUAAGCCAACUCAUCCAACCAGAUCACAUUGACAUUUGAAUAGGUCAAAUCCUUGUUUGGAUGCAGUUGGGUGAAAUUCUUCGUGGAAAAGGCCAAAGUUCCUGAAGGUCACAAUCAUCCGGUGAGCUGAUUUUCUUUGUUACAUAUUAAAGAUCAUUUAAAUCCUGAUGGUCACAAUCAUCCGGUGAGUUGAUUUUCUUUGUUACGUAUUAAAGAUCAUUUAAACCAUGUCUGUGUUUAUUGAGAUCACAUUGAACUAGGAAUGAUGGUCCCAGGAGUUUUAUAUUGACUUGUUACACAUUAUCUAGCAAUGGUAGAUGCCAAGCACUAUCCAUAUCGCUUGACCUUCAAAAUUAGCAGUGGGAGGCAGUAGAAAGG